GGAUCUUAGCCCGACCCGAUUAUUCGCGAUUCCCUCUCCAAAGUGAAGCACCUGACCAGACAGGCGGAAGCUCAAUCGAGACGGAGAGAUCAGAUUCUCUUUCUCUGGCAAUGGCGACGGUUGCAGAAUCAUCCGACCCGAACCCGAACCCGAACCCGGAGCACGCCGCCCGGCCAAAAUCGAUCGGAGACGCCACGCCGUGGGUCGACUACGCCGUCGACCAGGCCCGGCUCCUGCGGAAGGGGGUCGAGGACGACGUCGGGUCGUUCGCCGAGGCCUCGCGGUCCCGCCUCGCCCAAAUCCGCUCCACCGCCGCGGCUCACACGAUGAUGACCGUCGCGAUGAUCCAGGAUACUUUUCAAGAAGUCAAGUCCAAAUAUGAUGCUUAUGAAGAUAUUUUCUUUGGAAAAGUUAAAGAGGGCAUUGAGAUAGCUGCUUCGAAUCCCAUGUUGACGGCUGGAGUAGUCACUGGCUCGGGCUUCAUUGUACUGAAAAGGCCAAGGCGAUUCCUGUAUUACAAUACCUUGCGCCUUUUAAUGAGUGAAGAGUCGAUGUUAUCCCGAGCUGAUGCCAAAGUCAAGGAACUUCGAAAAUCAAUUGACCUCCUGAAAGCUGAGAGUGAGAAACUAGAAAGGAGAGCUCAAUUAGCAGAAGAAGAAAUGCUUCGAGGAAGGACAAAGCUUAGACAAGCAGGCAAGCAGAUUCAAAGUGUAAGCCACUCAGCUUAUAAGAUUGAAAGACAAGCGGCAGGUUUAAAGGAUGUUAUUCGAGAGCUUCCCCGAAGAGAAGCUUCUCGUUUCAGAUCACAGGUUUCUAACCUGGCUUCCGAGGCGAAGCGAGAAAGGAAUGCUCUGACCAAAGAGGUUUCCAAAAUCACCGACUAUGGGAUUUCCGUCUGAUUACCAAUCUCUCAUUGCAACCUUUUCAAUAUCCAAGCUAUGUGAUGGCAUCCGCGACAAUUUUUUGAUCCGUACAUGCUUCGUGUAUUUUAAUUUUUAAAAGGGGGUUCCCUUUCUUGAUAAAAACCUCCAGAUCUUAAUGUCUGUGGGGAUUGGAGGAGAAGAAUCAUGUCCUGCAACAACUACAUUUUUUGAGGGAAUAUAUGUAGAUCAGGAAUUUGUAGAAUGUUAUGAUACACAGCAAUCAAAAAGCUUCAGCUGA